CACUUUCUUUAAAGUAGAAAUACGGGUUUACAUGAUGAUCAGCUUCAUGUCCUGCAGCUGACAGCAUGAUUGGAUCAAAAGAUUUGUUUUGAAAAUGGCAGGAAGGAAUUAUUUGGAUCUCCAGACAUUAAUUGCACUGAUUUGUAUACAUGGCUCCAAAAGUGAAGACCGGGUCGCAGAUUGCCUUUUUUCGUCGCAGACAUCUCACGUUAUGUCCGCGUGAAAUCAAUGCAUCUAACUAACUCCAUCUCUGUAUGUAGAACAGCUGAAAAUCUGUCAUUUCCAGUUUGCAAAAACUUGUGCAAAUACGUAUAUAUAUGUACGCUUUCAUGCCUUAAAUUUCAUCACACACUCCAACACUCACUGGCCCUCCUACUUUCAUCUUUACUUCUUUAUUUCUGAUCCUCCUUUUUGCUUUUGCUUGCUUGCAUUUACAUUUAUUUUCUCUACUGCUACAACUACAUACAUUUAUAUUUGGAUAUAUCUACAAUGAGAAGUGGGCUUAAGCCAUGGAUUGUGGUGUGUGUGGUUGUGGCUGUGGCGGUGAAUCUCCUUAAUGGGGUUGUGGCGGAGCCCCAAGUUCCAUGUUACUUCAUAUUUGGUGAUUCAUUGGUGGACAAUGGUAACAAUAAUAACAUUCAGUCCUUGGCCCGGGCUAAUUACUUGCCUUACGGCAUUGAUUUUCCAGACGGGCCGACUGGGAGGUUCUCCAAUGGUAAAACUACAGUUGAUGUCAUCGCGGAGCUGCUAGGCUUUGACGACUAUAUUCCGGGCGAACAAAUACUCAGGGGAGUGAACUACGCAUCUGCUGCUGCUGGAAUUAGAUCAGAAACUGGCCAGCAGUUGGGUGCUCGAAUCGAUUUUACUGGGCAAGUAAAUAACUACAAGGACACAGUUGAACAAGUGGUGAACAUACUAGGUGAUGAAGACUCUGCUGCCAAUUACUUGAGCAAGUGCAUAUACUCAAUUGGAGUGGGCAGCAAUGACUAUCUUAACAACUACUUCAUGCCUCUCUACUACUCAACUAGCCGUCAGUACUCGCCUGAACAAUAUGCCGAUAUCCUCAUUCAACAGUAUUCCCAACAAAUAAGGACUUUGUACAACUAUGGAGCUCGGAAGUUUGCUUUAAUUGGAGUGGGGCAAAUCGGGUGCAGCCCGAAUGCGUUGGCCCAGAAUAGCCCGGAUGGCUCUACAUGCGUGCAAAGAAUUAACGGCGCAAAUCAGAUAUUCAACAACAAGCUGAGAGCAUUAGUUGAUGAGUUCAACAGCGAUGCACAGGAUGCAAAAUUUAUCUACAUUAACGCAUACGGAAUUUUCCAGGAUUUGAUUGAGAACCCUUCAGCCUUUGGUUUUAGGGUGACAAAUGCUGGAUGCUGUGGGGUGGGGAGGAACAAUGGGCAAAUAACAUGUCUCCCUCUACAAACUCCAUGCCAAAACAGAGAUGAAUACUUGUUUUGGGACGCAUUCCAUCCCACAGAAGCUGCAAAUAUCAUUGUCGGCAGGAGGUCAUACAGUGCUCAAAAGGCAUCAGAUGCAUAUCCCUUUGAUAUUCGCCGCUUGGCUCAACUCUAAGAACAAUACAAGAGUGAUGCAAUUAUAAGGUGUUUGUAUAAGUUGAUGAUCAUCAAAUGUAAUGUCUAUAUAUAAUUUGUUCCGACAUAUGCUUUCUUUGUUCUGAUCAGUUGAUGUUUGUCAUAUUUUUGUGUUGCAACUGUUGUAGUAUGGAAAUAUUAAUAUCAUUUUUCUGGCUUCAAA